AGCUGAUCUAGUAUUUAUUUCUGUAAACACACCAACAAAAACCUAUGGGAUGGGGAAAGGCCGGGCAGCAGAUCUGAAGUACAUUGAAGCUUGUGCUCCACCCAUUGUGCAAAACUCAAAUGGGUACAAAAUCGUGACUGAGAAAAGAGUCCCUGUGAGGGCAGCAGAGAGCAUCCGCCGUAUAUUUGAUGCCAACACAAAGCCCAACUUGAAUUUGCAGGUACUGUCCAACCCUGAGUUCUUGGCAGAGGGGACAGCCAUCAAGGACCUAAAGAACCCAGACAGAGUCCUGAUUGGAGGGAAUAAAACCCCGGAGGGCCAGAAAGCUGUGCGGGCACUCUGUACUGUGUAUGAGCUCUGGGUUCCCAAGGAGAAGAUCCUCACCACCAACACGUGGUCCUCAGAGCUUUCCAAAAUGUCAGCAAAUGCUUUUAAUGCCCAGAGGAUCAUCAGCAUUAACUCCAUCAGUGCUCUGUGUGAAGCAACAGGAGCUGAUCUGGAAGAGGUGGCAACAGCUAUUGGGAUGGACCAAAGAAUUGGAAAUAAAUUCCUAAAAGCCAGCGUCAGUUUUGGUGGGAGCUGCUUCCAAAAAGAUGUUCUGAAUUUGGUGUAUCUCUGUGAGGCUCUGAAUCUUCUAGAAGUAGCUCGUUACUGGCAGCAGGUCAUAGAUAUGAAUGACUACCAGAGGAGGAGAUUUGCUUCGAGGAUCAUAGACCGCCUGUUUAAUACAGUGACUGAUAAGGAGAUAGCUAUCUUGGGGUUUGCAUUCAAAAAGGACACUGGUGACACCAGAGAGUCCUCCAUUGUCUAUAUUAGCAAAUACCUGAUGGAUGAAGGUACACACCUCCAUAUAUAUGAUCCCAAAGUACCCAGGGAACAAUUAGUUGUGGAUCUUUCUCAUCCAGGAGUUUCAGUGGAUGAUCCACUGUCCAGACUGGUGAGCAUUUCCAAGGAUCCAUGUGAAGCGUGUGAUGGCGUCCAUGCCCUUGUUAUCUGCACUGAAUGGGACAGGUUUAAGGAGCUGGAUUAUGAACGGAUUCACAAAAAAAAAAUGCUGAAACCAGCCUUUAUCUUUGAUGGACGACGCGUCCUGGAUGGCCUCCACAAUGAACUGCAGACCAUUGGCUUCCAGAUUGAAACAAUUGGCAAAAAGGUGUCUUCCAAGAGAAUCCCAUAUACUCCUGGUGAAAUUCCAAAGUUGAAUCUUCAGGAUCCACCUAACAAGAAACCCAAAGUCUAGAUAUCUCCAUUUUAUCUGUGUUUAUUUUGGUACUUCAGGGUAG